UCUUAUAAAAAUGUCAAAAUUGAUUGUUCACGUGUUAGUGGUAUUGCUGAUGGUAUAUUAUCAUGGUUUUCAUAUCUUCAAAAAUCAACAUCAAGUUCAUUAAAAGUAUUUAUAAAGUUAUAUACAAGAAACAACUCAUUGUCUCAUAUAUUAAUAAAUCCUGAUGACAAUAUAAAUUUAAAUUUAUCAUAUUUUAAUAUUGAACGUAAAAGUGUUUUUAUUAUUCAUGGAUUUAUGACACCAGCAACUGAAUCAUGGAUGGACCACAUGAAAAAUGCUUAUCUUGAAUACGAAGAUGUUAAUGUAUUUGUCAUUGAUUGGACUGAACAUUCAUUCGUUUGGAAUUAUUAUAAAGCCAUUGAAAAUUCAUUGGAAGUUGGUAAAAUUGUUAGUAAUUUAAUAGCAAAAAUAACAAGAUAUUAUUUAACAAUAAAUAAUAAUAAAACAUGGGGUAAAAUACACUUAAUUGGUCAUAGUCUUGGUGCUCAUAUUUGUGGUAUUAUUGCUGAUGAUAUUAAAAUGUCAAAUGGUAAAUGGACUGUAACACGUAUCACUGGUUUAGAUCCGGCUCAACCAUGUUUUGUUGGAUCAAAUUUAACAUUAAAUAAAUAUGAUGCACCAUUUGUUGAUGUUAUACAUACAAAUGGUAGACAAAUAAUACCUGGUAUUGCACUUGGUGCUGUUGAUGAUAUUGGAACAAUUGAUUUUUAUGUUAAUGGUGGUUAUUUUCAGCCAAGUUGUAAUAAAACACCAAUAAUGUUAUUUAAAAUGUUAAAAACAAUUAUUGAUUUAAGUAGAGAAGCAUUUUGUAGUCAUAUGAUUGCUAUUGAUUAUUUUACUGAAUCAAUUAAAAUUGCAAGUGUUAAAAGUAAACAAAAAUUUUGGUCAUUUAAAUGGGAUGGUACAUAUAAAACAGCUGAAAAUAUUAUUGGUAAUGAUUGUUCAGAUAAUGACUGCAUUGUAAUGGGUAUUGAAGCUGAUAAAUAUUCAAUUCAGGGUAAAUUUUUUGUUUCAACUGCAAUGUCGUAUCCAUAUCAUGGACCAAUUGUUACGAAUGACAUUAAUGAAAUACUAAAUCAGCUAGAAGUUGAUAUUAAACAUUAAUAU